AUGCCUCGGACCCCCCGCAAGCCGAAGGCCGGCGUCCCCUCGUUCCGCAAACGGGGCAGCCGCGGCCGGCCACCCCGCACAUUGAAUCCAGUGACCACCCCUCCUCCCCAAGAAGAGAGCAUCGACGCUCCCAACGACGAUGUUGUCAUGAAGGAAGAUGACGGAGCCGAUACAGAUCUCACCCCUCUCAGUGACGACGCCCAAGACGACCGUGGCAAGCUAGGUGGGGAGUUGGCGGACAGUGACGACAGUGGGAACAUCGACCUCAAAGGCCUGCUCUCCUCGGAGAGUGAGGGGGAGAUUGCGGCCAAGCGCAGACGGGUUCUUGUGGCAGAGGCCAUCUCCCCGACAACGACAUACGCCACACCGAAAGCCCAGACAUCCUCCAAGGGCAAACCGGCCAAUGUCAGGAGAGCCAAGGGCUUCCUGAAGCCGAUGCAGCCCCCCUUAGGUCCAGAGUAUGAGCGACUGACGAUGGAUCUUGACAAUGCGCCGUUCUUUGUUGAUACCUCGGUAGGUGAUCAAGAGCCACGGCCCCAGAGCUCACUUGGAAAGCCUUGGAUCUGGAACGUCGGCCACGCCGCUUGCUCUGACCUCAUCGAAUUGAGAUAUCAGGAUCAAUCUGGGCUGGGACAAGGCAACAUCACCAACAGACGUGGCAAGAUGAUCCCCAGAGUCGCCAUCACAGACGAAAAUCGGAAUUCUAUCGUGUACCGCUUGGAGCUUCUUUGUAACCAGCGAUGUCGGCAGACUGAGAAGGGACAGAAGGCUACUGUUGUUCGUGCUCCUACCGAGCUGCGGUCCACCAGAAGGAGCCGACCCAAGGAGGGUAAAGCCGCGCAGGAGAAGAGAUGCCAGGCCCGCCUCGUCUUCGAAUGCACCUUAGAUCAUGUGCGAACAAAAGAGUGUGUGGUCUACCACCUCCCCGGCCCCGAACAUCACCCCCUCCCAGGAAGAGGAGCGACGGAUAGAAUGUCAGGAUGGAUCAGAAGGGAGCUUCAGCACUUGGCGUCCACUUUCGGUGUCACGAAAAUGCGUCUGCAGCAAGGUCAGUCUUUGGAUAUCGGGUGCCCUGCUGGAACACCCGAUUGGGCGAGAGCGAGCGCCGAGCAGCAGGAACUUCCAGAUCAUCAUCAACUCUGUCCGGAGCAAGCAGCGAGUGCAUCGCGACCCACUGGCAGCGAUUGCCAUUAUGAUCAAGAACGACCCCAGGCCCUUCUUCUACUUCCUGAAAGCUUGAGGGUAAAGCCGGGGAAGCGCAAAGAGUUACGAGCCGACCAGAUACUGGAGUGCGCCGUCGCAACGCCAGUAACACUCCAAUUCGGACUGCUGUUCGGAUUCAAGAAUGGUCUUCACGUGGAUACCAGCUGGCGCAACAAGACGCCUGACCGUUCUCCCGUGACCUUUGUGCUCACUGUUGAUGAUAGCGGCCACGGGCUACCGGUAGCCGCGUUCGUGUCGACACUGGCAGAUGCCGCCACGUACGGUCGUCUGCUAGGCGCACUCCGGGAGGAACUGGAGAAGCAUGCGGAGGAGCUGGUGAGUGGAGAGGUCCAAUGUCAGAUUCCCGCCCACCUCAAACCACGCCUCCAGGAGAUUGCGGCCAUUACUGAGGCGGACGGUUUCAUCCCUCGUUUUGGGAUGAUGGACGGCUGUGACAAGAUCCGCCUUGGCUGGGAGUUGGGAUUCCCUGGGGUACCGAAACGCCUUUGUCAAUAUCAUGUGAUGAAGGCUGUCGACCGCAAGCUUGCCAGUGUGUACGGGCGGAGCGACGAGGGGUUAGUCUCGCAGGAGGCUGCCCGCCAGGCGUUCUACGCGUGCCAGCGUUGUGACGACAGUAGCGAAUGGGCAAAGUACUAUUCGAAGUUUGAGAAAACCAUUCGAAGCAUCACGAAUGGGGAUGGGUUCAAUUCGGACGCCGCCUGGAAGCGCAUGGACGAAUAUCUGCAGAACCAGUGGUUUCACAAGCGGUGGCGCCGGGCGUGUUGCGAUUACGGCCUGCCGGACGGCACUGUGCGAGGCAUGGCCAACGCCACCAAUAACUAUACAGAGCGCUCGUUCUGCACCUUCGACCGUGUCUUCUUGUGCGCGCGUAACAACAAAAGACUCGACCGCCUGCUCUUCAUCAUCGUCUACAUUUUCUUCAGACAUUACGAGGAGAACAUCAAUCUUGAACCUCGAAUUGCUGCCGAUAUUAUGAGGGCGUCCAACGACGGGUACGAAUUGUGGGAUAUGGGCUUCGUUGCUCCAAUCGCAGAGGCUCGCAUUCCGCCGCAAGUCAAGGGCCAAUUCGUCACACCGUAUCAAGUUCGCAGCAAGGAAAACCCCGCGAAGAUUGACGCAAUUUGCGGAGUGUUACGAUCCGGUUCACCGAGAAGGGGAUCGGACACAAGUGUCGGGCUUGGAUGGAUCUCCCUAGUCGAGGGCAAGCGAGACGGAGCGAAGGCGAAGUCGAGAUACUAUGGACGUGGUGCUUCUACCUUCUUCAGCGAGGCUGAACUCUCGUUCGACUUCCGGUUUGGCUCGUUCUUCCCCCACGGCAGGGCGCUCCUCAGUGGGAAGGCCCUUGACGAGACCCGCCUGAAGAUGUUCGGCCCCCCGGUGGUGUCACUCUCGGUCUCCCCCGGCCCCGAAGGCGUAUUCAAGGUUCCGUCCUCAUUCGAGUCACCCAUGACUCGCGCCCUGGCCGCCCCGAUCACUUUUAUGGGGGUUGACCCCAUGCUCCAGGCAGUCCCAGCCCCUCUUAUGGGAGACUACUUCGCCUUUCAAUCUUCCCUGGGUUUCGACGCUCGUCGCAACGCUGCCGAGGGGGAAGACCCCCAUACUCCGCCUUACAACCUCUCUUUUCAGAACCGCGGAGAAAUCGUCUUCAGCCCUCAACAUGCUUCCUUCCUCAAGUUGACUCCACCCCGCCCUCGUCCGUCGGAACUGCCUACCCCGAACGCCAAGCGCCCUUCUCGCGGCCACGGCUCCAAGGGGGACGGAGGAGGAGGCGGAGGUGGAGACGGCGGAGGUGGAGGCUCAAAGGGUGCUCCGCCUCCCCCCCUGACUCCUCCCGACUCCGCCCGUCGCCCCCACUUUAACAGCAGCUCUUCAGCACAGCAGUCUCCGACCACGCCCACUCGCCAGCCUCGUAACCGGCCCGGGCCUGCCGAGGAAGGCGGCCACCCCGAGCUCGACUCGUGCGACCUGCCGCAGCUCGACGAGGCUGCAACUUCCCGAGCCGGCUCUCCUUCUCCUCAAGAGAACCAAGACUCCCCCACCGCCCCCAAGGGCAAUAAGGGCAACAAGAAGGUCACGCUGAAGGUCGUGGCUCGUGUCGUCAAGGGCGAAGCAGAGGACACUUCCGAGCCCAACCCUUUCCAGGCCGACGGACCUCAAGUUCCCCCUCCUCUGUUCCGAUCCCUCCUCGGCUCCCGUUCCCCUUCGCCACCCUCGGACAAUGACUCCUUCGGCAGCUCCCGUUCUCAGCACCUCGCCCGCGACUACACGCCAGGCGUUGACGUAGCCAUUACCAGUGACGAACCUCUGGUCCCAGAGCCACAGGAAGUCGAGGAGAUGGCCGUGGACUCCGAGGCCGCGUGUGAACCGAUGGAAGGCAUCGAGACCUCCGACCCCGAGGUUCACGUCGAGACCACCGCCUCUGCCAAUGACGACGACCACUCCGGCGACGACCCCAUGGUCGGUCGAGCUCUCGACAGCCCCCAGGUCUCGGCUCCUCCCUCUCCGGCCCCCCAUGACUCCCAGGAGACCCCUCAGGUCCCCAUCGAGGUAGAGCCUGUUCACCAGCCCGCCACUCAGCCUUCCGACGAGGAAGACCCCACCUGGCUCGAGAACAUCUUUAUGGAAUCGCCUAACGGGGCUCGCUUCAAGCUACUUGCCGGUUUUGAAUGUGACUGCUGCCUGGACAAGGUCCGCGACGUCCCUCCGCCUCAAGAGGGCCCCAUCCCCGAGGGCGAGGUCUCCCCUGCCUCCCCUACGGUUUGUCACUUCCAAGUCUCGGACGACGGCGCGCUCUCUUCCUGCAAGCCCCAGCUGCAGGUAGCUAAGACCUCGCCUCAGGCUGUUACCGACUGCCGUCGUUGCUCGUUCCUGCACCCUUACCCUUCCGAGCUCACCCAACUCGCCGAUUCCAUUAUCCACCGUCUCUGCAGCGGCUCCGGACCUUUCUCGGCCACCCUGAUCAAGGACCUGAAGUUCCUCAUUCUCGCGAUCGCCCAUCCCAACUGCGAGCGUCACUGGUCUGACCUCGCCGGCGGGCACACUCCAGACGACUUCAACUUGGUCACUGAGCCCGACCCAGACGCGCACCGCUGGUUACGCCCCUCCUCGCUCCCCGAGGUGCUUGGCUUAAAGAUCGACUCCAACCGCUCCCAGUCUUCUACCACUGCUAGUAGCCGCUCCUCCUUGCGCUAUCGCCCCGGCUCUUCCCAGUCUGUUGACCGACACUUGACGAUGUGUGUCUUGGACCUUGAGGCUCCACCCUCCAACUUACUGGACAAGCACAAGACUGUUAAGACUCCCACCGACUUGGGCUUCGCCUUCGGGGGCCAGCCCGUGCGCGGUCCCCUGCUCACUCAUGAAGGCCCCCCUUCUCACACCCGUCCGUCCGCCGAGAUGAAGCUCGCCCAUGUGCGCUCGGGUUGUGUCCUCUUCAGCGGUCCAAUUCGCUGCCGCUGCUGCCGCCAGCGCGGGGCGUUCUGCGCCCACGUCGUCUCGAACCUGUUCGGGACCCCUGAACAGCGCAAGUCCACUCGCACCGGCAGGCCCUUCACAGCUUCCCUCCCCUGUGCCACCUGCCCUACGGGCGCCUCCUACGGCACCUGCGAGCACGCCUCCGGCUCCUCCGCCAGCGCCCGUCGCCUCCAAUUCCUGACUCGUCUGGCAGCCCAAGUGUUAGUCGUGGCGGCAUACCAGACUUGCCCGUCGGCCGACUUCCGCGCCAACCUGGUUGAUUGGGUCGUCCUUCUUCGCGACUUCUCUUCUGGCCACCUCGCUGCGCACUUCAGGCGCUCGCCCAAUGGCCACUUCCUGGGCCUCCCGCCUCCUCCUCCAGGCAGUCCGCCCCUCCUCCAGCGUGAGGUCUCGCUUUGGCCCCUUGCUCCCUGGCGCUCCCGCGAGUACAAGUUCCCCAGCCUCGAGUUCUUCGGGCCCUCCAUCACGGCCACCCUGCACGAGUCGACCACGGGCCUUGUUCUCAACGAGAACGGCCAAGGGCCUUCUCGCGACUCUGUCGCUAGGACGCUCCCUUCGGGCCAGUGUCCUUCCCAUCUCCGUUACCCGACCGACUUCGUCGAGCUGUUCUCCUCCAGCGAACUGCCCCCUUUGUAG